CUGACUCUGACCUUCGAAAUUAUACUCUUUAUAGACAACUUAUUAGAAAAAUAUUGUUGGAUUAUGGAACUUCACUUUCUUGGCACAGGGUCAUGUUAUCCGUCUCCUAACAGAGGAGCCUCGUGCAUUGUUUUACGGCACGAGACAGGCUGUUGGAUGUUUGAUUGUGGGGAAGGGACCCAGAUUCAACUCAUGAAAAGUACUCUAAAACCGGGAAGAGUCAAUAAGAUUUUUAUCACUCAUCUUCACGGAGAUCACCUCUUUGGUUUACCUGGCCUUCUUUGCACAUUAGGAUUGAACUGUGCUGAAAAUAAGCAGCCCAUUGAAAUCUAUGGACCCGUUGGCCUGAGGAAGUUUGUUAGAUUGUCUCUGGAAUUGUCACAAUCAUUGCUUGGUUAUUGCUACUCUGUCACCGAGCUGCAGUCUUUUGCAUCAGGAACUAAUGAGGAACAGGCACACUCAUCAUCUGCAUCAGACAGUUUACACCCAAAUGAGACUCAUGGGGGAAUGAUUCUUGCCAAUGAUAAAGGUGUAUGGGAAGUUUGCCAAGAAGGAAAUUUAACUGUGUUUGCAGCGCCACUUAAACAUCGUGUUACAUGUUUUGGUUAUGUGAUUCAAGAGAAACAGCUUCCUGGAAAACUGGACCCUAAUAUUUUAAAAAGUAAAGGUAUUCCCCCAGGUCCUCUUUAUGCAAAAAUCAAGAAUGGUCAAACAAUAACAGCUCCUGAUGGUAGUCUAAUCAAGCCUACAGAUGUACUAGGGUCACCACGCCCUGGUCGUAAAGCUGUUAUCCUUGGAGAUACAUGUGACUCUUCAAGGAUUGUAGACAUUGCUUCUGAUGCAGAUGUUGUUGUUCAUGAAGCUACUCUUGAGAAUGAAUUGAUGGCUCAGUGCAUAGAUCAUGGUCAUUCAACUCCAGAAAUGGCUGGACAGUUUGCAAGGAAAAUCAAAGCCAAAAAACUGGUUCUCACACAUUUUAGCCAAAGAUACAAGAGAAUUAGUGACAUUGAAGGAAGUGGCACUGAUGACACUGCAACUGUAAAAAAACUUCUUAUGCAAGCUGAGGAGGCAUUUCUACCAGGAAAUGUUGUUGAUGCUGAUGAUUUCAUGGUUAUACAAAUUCCUCAAAAGCAAUAACAAAGCACUUUUAAUUCUGUUCAUACCUACAUCUAAUGUAGUGUUCACAAACAAUACAGUUCUCUCAAUUUUUUUUACACGCACCUGUAUGAUACUGACAUGUAAUGCUAUAAUUUAGCCAACAGGAAAAAUACCUUAAGUUAAACAAUUAUCUUAUGAAACCAAUGAAUUUAUCUAACUAUACUUUUGAGGUAACUAUUACAAGGGAGCAACUCCUAACCUACAUAAUCCACUAUACACUUAAUUUCAGCUACUGCUGAUACACAGUGGAAAUUGCCUUCCUCUGA